AUGUUACGGCGGGCGCUUGCUCAGGUGCCGCCAGAUCUAUUCGUCCAAGCAUCUACCCGUCGUUCUUACGUGCUGCAGCAGCUUCGUCCCUUCCAUCGGCGGCCAGUACCAGCCGAAGGUUUCCAGCCGCUGCAAAAUAACAGGAGAGGAGCUCCGACCUUCAGCAUCUACGAACCACACCGGGCCAUUCCGCGCAGUAGUUUUUCAACUGAAGAGAAUUCAGCUGGUGAUUCUGCUGACCCUACAAAUGGCAAUGGCGGCGGAAGCUUUGAUCAAAGGAUCGCAACGCUGAUGAGCAUCGGGGACUGCGUCAAGCGGCACGAGCUCAGGAUGCUCUUAAGGGAUCUACACUUCAGGGGUAAAGAUGCCCCCGUCUGCUACGCCUGGUGCGACCCUUCCCCGCAAAUGCAUGUAACCCAGGGCAUCUCGAUGGCGAUCAACAUCAACAAGAUGAUCCAAGCCGGUUGCCAAGUCAAAAUUUUGAUGGCGGAUUGGUUAGCUCGGAUGGAUCAUCACAUCGGUGGCAAGGUCGGCGGUGAUCUGAGUAAGGUGCGUGACGUUUGCAUCUACAACAUUGAGAUGUGGAGAGCGGCCGGCAUGGAUCUCGAUAGGGUCGAGCUCGUGUGGCUAUCGGAUCAAGUAAGUUGCCAUGCGGACGAAUUCUGGCCCCUUGUCAUGGAUGUUGGCAGAAAAAGCGACACGAAAAGAAUAAAAAAGUCGCUUCGCGUUCAUCGCACGGAUGAUACAAGGGGCCAUGGGAGCUUAGAUCCCUACUUGUUUAGAGAUUUCACUCCUGCUGAGAUAUUCCAUCCUUGCUUACAGUGUGCCGGCAUAGUGCUGUUACACCACAAGGAAAACGUCGGCUGCAAAAUAAAGAAAGCCUUCUGCCCUCCAAAGAUUACAAAAGGCAACCCUUGCUUCGAGUACAUAAGAUGUAUAAUCUUCCCUUGGUUUGGAAAAUUCGAGGUGGUUCGGAAGGAAGGGAAUUGUGGUGCGACGUUCUUCGGCAUGGAUGAGCUUACUGUUGCUUAUGAAAGUGGCAUUCUGCAUCCCGCCGACGUGAAAGAUGCGCCUGAGAAGGCAAUAAACAUGAUGUUGCGGCACAUCAAUGAUCGCCUCAAAAGCAACCCUGGAGGCAAAGAACUAGUGGAAGCAAUGGAGCAGCGAUUCAGCAUACCGUGGUGACAGUACGUUCUUUAGCAUGAAUUUUUUGUUUUUGUCUUUUGCUUGCACAAACAAUCAGGGCACCCACCCAGUGGAAAACAAAGUCAAAAAAAUGAAUAAUAAGUUGGUUAAAGAUAAGAGAGGCGGCAAUAAGCUAAGCGUCUAAAGUCUUAAGUCGAGGAUAUUCAUGCGAACGCCCUAUACAUGUGUAGCACACGGCUUCAUACUGAAGAGGAAGCACUGCAGCAAUUCUAAUUGAUGAAGUGACAAACUGAAGAGGAAAAACACUGAUGGACAUAUACAUUAAACUAUUGGUGACAAAAUGCAUAUUUUCUGCUAUGUUGUUUUGCACAAUAAACUUGCAGCAAAGAUUUAAAAAAUGAGCAUCGUGGUGUAAGACUUUAUUAGGCAAGACUAAAAGAGACAAUAAAAACAAGUCUUGAAUGAAAAAAGAGACAAGACUAAAGCGGAAAGAAAAGAUUUCAUUUCAUGGUUCUGCAUGAACUGGCUGCUCACUGUAAACUCUGAAUCUCAAACAUGUUAAAACCGUCUUCGCUCAUAAAGAGGAAGGGCUGUGAGACGGACUAAAACAAUGGACAGAAUUAACAAACUGCAUAAACUGAACAAAUGACUGAAGACACUUCGGUUUUCUUGAACCUAUACAGAUAAAUACUAAGAGUGUUUUAGUGUGCUGGAGUGUAGCCACUACUUUCCCGUCAGAGAUUAAGACGAUAGUAGUUCCUGUUCCAACUAGUAAACAUCAGAAAAGGGAUAAAAUGCAGCAAUAAAAACCAAUAAAAAUGAGAGUUCAGAUCAAAAGGUGCGGACCAUCCUACCUAGUUUGUUUUGAAUCAACACACAUAUAUCAUGCAAUUGAGGAAAAAAGACACGAUUGAACCAUUCGUUAGGUGGUUAACCAACCAAAAAUAUCAACUUUACCCCUUCGAAUGAUAGGGCACAAAGAAAAACCUAGCACUAAGGGCUUACUGAAAGAAUGAUGACUCACAUUGAACAGUGAAUGUCUGAAUACCAUACAGAACAAAACUCUCGAGAGUAAAAGACUAAGCAAUGAUGCAAGAACUCCGCUGUGAAGCUCAAAUGAGGGCUAAACAUUCAGUCAAAACAAAAUCAUGAGGAAAUAAAAACUGAUGAGUGAAGUGAGAUGUAAGAGAGAGUGAAAAUUGUCUGAAGAAAUAAAUUAAAAUCCAAACAAUCGCUGAUUUUUUUUUUGAAGAAAUAACUGAUAGACUGAACAGAGGUGGAAGCACUGCUGUGAAGCUCGCCUGAUCACAAAGCGUGCCGCACAGAAGUACUACAAAUAAUACUGAAGAAGAACGAAUUAUAUGACAAAAGUAUGUAUUGAAGGGCGGAAAAGACCUCUUUCCUAGGAGAAAAUAUGUGUAAAUUGAGAAGGCUGAAGAAUGCUAAAUGAAUAAAGUAGUGAACAGAAAAGGGCUUAAGACUUAAAAGGUAGACAACGAGGAACUAGAAAACUGAAGAAUAACGAGUCCGUGUAGCAUGCAGAAACCCAAUGGUAGGCUGCCAUGCUUAGACUAAAGACAAAGAAAGAAAGAAACUAAAGAAAAAGGCUAAAAACCAAGGACUGAUAAAAAGGAAAAAUGAUGAGAAAAUAGUAAAAUGAAGAAUGAGGAAUGAUAAAACUGAAAGAAGCCUACUGACUGACAACAAAAAACUGAAGAAUGACUCGAUAUACACCGUAUUGAACUGAUUACUCAAAUAAUAACAUAAUAAACAAGAUGUGCUAAAGAUUGAUGAAAUAUACACCAUGAGACUGAAGAAAAUACUGAAUUCUGCCAGUGCCAGGUUCAGUAAACACCAAAGCGUUCCAUCGGUUGCUCCCCCUGAAGCCUGAAGGCUUUGCAACCUGAAAUCAAUGCACUCACAAGUUGGUGUGCGUUGUUCUCCGUCGAGAGACCUGCUGUGUGUCGAAUCAUUACUAUGGUAACUGCUGCUUUUACAGGAAAGCGCAUCAGCCUGAGAUGAUGAAGCUCUAUUGCAAGAGAUUAUUUGGACGACAAGGAAUGUUUCAUGUUGAAUGGCAUAAGCCCAGUGUAUACACUUGCAGAAGAAAAUUCAAGGAGGAGCCUGGAUGACUUGUUCAUAGAGCUACAUGAAGAAAUAUAGUCAUUUUGAGGCUUGGGUCAAGGCCUUUCAUAUUAGCUCAUUGGAAGUCACUGCCCCGCUUCUUAGUUUCAAUUUCCAUCGGUAGCUUUAUCUUCUUGUAAUUCAUAAACAAAUAAGUUAUAUAAAUACACGCGGUACGAAUUUCCUACUGUUUUCCGUAAAAAAAAAACAGAGAUGGCUGCAAACGACAGCGGGUGGCUAAGCAAGAGCGAACAAACGAAGAGG